AUGAUCGGGGCGUUUACUGCUCUAUGACAUGAUGAGUCAGACUGCUAAAACCCAUAUAAGCUCUGUUGCCACCAACCGAAGCCUUUUCGUAUCAGUUCGGCUUUUCGUUUUUCUCUGUUAACUCUUUCUUUUUCUUCCAUAAGAAACAUGUCAUCGCUCAAACCGGGUUCCAGAGUCCUUGUUACAGGAGUAACUGGCUAUAUCGGAACGCAUGUGGCUGACCAGCUCUUGAAAGCUGGUUAUGUCGUUAUUGGCACUUCAAGAACAGCAUCAAAAGCUGAGACUGUCAAAAAAUACUUUGAUGCCACUUACGGUCCGGGCAAGUUUGAGAUUUAUGAAGCUGGAGAUCUUCAACAAGCAGGAGUUUUUGACGAUGCUGUCAAAGAUGUCGAGGCUAUUGCUCAUGUUGCGUCUCCCGUUAUAUUUUCUGCCAAGGACCCUUUUGCCGAUGUGAUUAAUCCUGCCGUUAAGGGUACACUGAGCCUGUUGAAUUCUGCACACAAGUACGGAAAGCAUGUCAAGCAUGUUGUCGUCACCUCAAGCGUUGCUAGCAUUAUGGACCCUAAUAAGCCCUCAGAUUAUGUUUACUCUGAGGCGGAUUGGAACGACGAAGCCAUCAAAACAAUUCAGCGCCAGGUAGAGCGCGGUGAUACAUUUGAGGGUCCCAUUGCAUAUCGCGCUAGCAAAAAUGAAGCAGAAAGAGCAAUUUGGAAGUUCAGAGAUGAAAAUCAACCUUCGUUCACUUUGGCAACCAUUUUACCUUCCUUUGUUUUUGGUGCUAUCUUGCCACCGCCAACUACUACCCAAGCAGUUGAUGCAACCAGUACACCAAAGGCUUUAAUCAACUAUUACACGGGAGAAUCACAGGAUCCAACCUUUAGCACCGGAAGUUCCUCAUUUGUCAAUGUAGUGGACGUGGCUGUGGCUCAUGUUUUGGCUCUACAAAAUGCACAGAAGACAAACGGACAAAGGUACAUAACAUCACAAGGUGCUUUUACGAACCAAGAAGUAGUGGAUAUACUUCGUCGGGAAUACCCAGAUCGGCAAAAUAUCAUUGCUAAAGGGGAACCUGGCAAGUACAAGCGACCUACUGUGACUGUCGACGGCAGCAAAGUCACCCGUGAACUUGGCCUUCAAUAUACUGAUUUUGAAACAGUAGUGUUGCAAACCAUUGAGUGUGUAAAGCAUUUGUAUUGAGCGAUAUAUCGGUAAAAUAAACGAGCUCAUUAUAAAUCUGGAAAUCGAUGGAAUGUUUUCGCCAUCGUGACUGGCUGUUUCGAAUGCACAAUUUGACCCAAAAAGGCCAAUUAUUUUUGCAGCUUUUUGUCCCGAC